AUGUCCCCGCCAAGACUGCCAGAUGUUGUCAAGGCUGCUGGCAAAUCGUUGGGCCGCACCUGGUCUGACGUGCAGCCCUUCCUUAAACUCCUGGAGGAAAACUGGUACGACACUGUGGAGAGUUUGAGGUCCGUUGGCAUUGCCGACCUUCAAGCAUUGGGUAUACCACAAAGGUUUGCGAAGGAGCUCCUGCAGCUGUCGGAGACCAAAUCAUCCCAUGACGGUGGCAAAGGGAAUACCAGAGCCGCAGAAGCGCAAGGCAACCAAGAGGGCCAGCGACACAGCUGGGACAAAGGCAAGGGCAAAGGCAAAGCCAAAGGCAAGAACAAAAGCAAAGACGGCAACAAUGGCAAAGGCAAAGAUGGCAAAGAUUGCGGAGAGAGUAAAGGGAUCAAGGGCAGCACAGGCAAAAGCAAGGAGAGCCAGAACGAAGGAGAGGCAACAGAGCGUGAUUACUUGCACAUGCACAAGAUACACUUCGAAGUGGACCAGCUGGACCCACAAUUCCCGCUGGCUGCUAAACUCAUAGGGAAAGGUGGCCGCAACAUGAAGCACAUCACUGCCACUACGGGUGCCUCCGUCUGGCUAUGUGGCCAGGGGUCUGGGCAGAAAGGCCUGGGUGGCCAGGAGCCUGAUGAACCGCUCCAUAUCCUCCUAAAGUCUGACGACAAGGAGGCCCUCGAGGAGGCAGUCAAAACGACUGAUGACCUCAUUGACACAGUGAUGGAGGAGUAUGGGCAAUGGCUGGAAGCCGGUGAAGAUGUAUCUGAAGCAUCGCGCGCUGAGCUUCCUGUUCCUGGGAACACAGACGGCUGUUUCCGCUGUGGCCGGCAAGGACACUUUGCGAGAGAAUGCCCUCAGAAAGGUAAAGGCAAAGGAAAGAGCAACAAAGGAGACAAUGAGUGGGGUGCUCGAAAUAAGCGAGCAAGAUACGAGUACUAG